UUUGAAUAUUUUUAAAAUGUCGAGUAAGAAAGGAAAGAGGAAGAUGGUGGAGGAGAAGAACGAGGUUGAGGAAAUUGAGAAGGUUGGGAAAAUUGCAGAAUCAGAGGAUGAAGCUCUUGGAGAUCUUGAUUUAGACAGAUCUGAUGAUGAUAAGGACAGCGACGAUUCUGAUUCUAGUGAAUAUUCUGAACUCGAAGAAGAUAGUGAAGAGGAGGGGGAGGAAGAAGAGGUUGAUGAUGACAAUGUUGACGAUGACAAAAGUGAUGGCGAUGAUGAAAGUGACAAAGAAGAUAAAAAUACCGAAUCAAGCGCCAAUAAAAGUGAUCUAAUAGUGAAAAAAAAGAAAUCCCGCCGAGAUUUUCUUUUAAAUUUACAAUCUGUAUCUGGGGGUGGGGAGGGUUCAAGCAAAGGAGAGGGUGGGGAAGGUAUCCAACCUAUUGAUGAAUAUGCGUAUGAUAGCUCUGAUGAAGAAGAUGUCAGGAACACUAUUGGAAAUAUCCCGACCAACUGGUACGAUGAAUAUCCGCAUAUUGGAUAUGAUCUUGACGGUAAACCUAUUCGUAAACCUAAACGCGGAGAUGAACUUGAACUGUUCCUCAGCAAGAUGGAGAACCCGAACCACGGUGUUACGGUCGACGAUCCUCUGACAGGCCAAGGUGUUGUGCUCAGUGAGAAGGAUGCUGAGAUGGUUAAACGUCUGCAGAACGGCCGUGUUCCACAAGCAGGAUAUAAUCUAUACGAAGAGUGGUCGGAGUGGUUCUCCAGUGACGUCAUGCAGACUCCGCUCCGAGAUAUACCGGAGACUAAGGCGUCCUUCCUUCCCUCUGUCUGGGAGAAGAAGAAGGUCAGCAAGAUGGUUCACGCGAUCAAGAUGGGUUGGAUGAAGCCCCGGCAGGCUAAACCCGAAGAGGAUGACUCCAAGAAGUUCUACAUGCUGUGGCAGACUGAUGAUCAGGUUGAUGAUAAUAUCCGCAGAAUUUUUGAUCCGAUCCCUGCUCCGAAAAUGAAGUUGCCUGGACACGAGGAGUCGUACAACCCUCCUCCGGAAUACCUGUUCACGGAGAGGGAGAAGAAGGAGUGGGAGAAGGCGACUGAAGACGGGUUCAGGAGAAAACUCCCGUUCAUCCCGCAGAAAUAUUCUUCUUUGAGGAAGGUUCCCGCAUGGACAGAUUUCUGCAAGGAGAGAUUUGAUCGUUGUAUGGAUCUGUAUCUGGCUCCAAGAGCCCGGAGAAUGCGAUUAACUAUCCAACCUGAGGAUCUUGUUCCUCAGCUCCCUCGACCUCAGGAUCUUCAACCCUUCCCUACAGUGAACAGUAUCACCUACACGGGUCACAAGAACAUGGUUCGGAGUAUCAGUGUGGAACCUCAGGGACAAUAUUUUAUCUCAGGCAGCGACGAUGGAAGUUGCAAGAUUUGGGAGGUGUCUACUGGGCGUUGCUUGAAGACCUGGGAGGUUGGGGGUGUAGUGAAGUGUGUUGCUUGGUGUCCCAACUCAGCACUUACACUCGUAGCUAUUGCAGUUGAUACCAAGGUUUUAUUGAUAAACACCGGAGUUGGAGAUAAACUAGUAAAUGAUAGAACGACGGAACUUCUCUCCGAGGAACCGGAUAAUACUGGGUACGUGCCCCCAGUUCGUCUAGCACAGGCGGUUAAAUGGAUGGGAGGUGGAGAGGAGUAUCCGCCAGGAACCCUGGUUGUCAUAAAUCAUUUCAAGCCGGUCAAACAGGUGACCUGGCACGGUAAGGGAGAUUAUUUUGCAACGGUUCUACCUGAAGGAGCGCAAAGAUCAGUGAUGAUACAUCAACUGUCCAAGUGGAGAACGCAGCUACCUUUCUCCAAGUCUAAGGGUCAGGUUCAGAGUGUUCUGUUCCAUCCUAUCCGACCCUAUCUGUUUGUUGCGACCCAGAAGCACGUCAGAGUCUACGAUCUAGUUAAACAGGAGUUGUCAAAGAAAUUGAUGUCUGGUGCUAAAUGGAUAUCUUCCAUGUCGAUCCAUCCUGGUGGCGACAAUCUUCUCCUUGGAACCUUCGACAAGAAGGUUCAAUGGUUCGACCUCGACUUGUCAAGUAUGCCUUACCAGACUCUUCGCUAUCACACAAACGCAGUUAGAACUGUCGAGUACCACAAGCGGUAUCCGCUCUUCGCCUCGGCCGGAGACGAUCGGAACAUCACGGUGAGCCACGGCAUGGUGUACUCCGACCUUUUGCAGAACCCCCUCAUUGUUCCCGUGAAGAAGCUCCAGGGGCACACCACCUACGACGAUUUCGGUGUAAUGAGUUUGCAAUGGCAUCCAUUCCAACCUUGGUUGCUGUCUGCGGGAGCUGACAGUUACAUCAAGUUGUGGACGUAAAUUUUUUUUAUUAUUUCAGAAAAAA